AGGUUCUGCGCUCUGUCUCCCUUUCUAUCUCUCUCUCUCUCCACUGUGUUUCCCUUUUCCUUAUUUUAUUUUACGCAUUGGCUGGCCUGGCGCCUGGCUUGGAGCGCUAAAGCUUUCUCCUUUCUCUUGGAAAAUGAGCGAUUGGGAGAUGAGAUGAGAUGAGAUGAGCCAAUUAGGGUUAGGGUUGGUUUGCUAACUUUCGUUUCUUGCUUGGGUCUUCUUCCUCGUAUUCUUCUGCGCUGGUCUGAUGCGGGAGGGAUUAAGAGUGCUGGCUUAGUGGAAAGAGGGAUUUUUGAGCUUUUCUGGCUUGUUUGCGCUCAUCUUUUGGGUAAAGAUUGGGGCUUUGGAUAAGAUGGCGACGAUGGGGAAAGAUGGGAAAUCUCAGCAGCUGGAGCUGCAGCAGAUUGAUGCGGGGAAGUAUGUAAGGUACACGCCGGAGCAGGUGGAGGCGCUUGAGAGGGUUUAUAUGGAGUGUCCUAAGCCGAGCUCAUUGAGGAGGCAGCAGCUCAUAAGGGAGUGUCCUAUACUCUCCAACAUCGAGCCCAAGCAGAUCAAGGUCUGGUUUCAGAAUCGCAGGUGCCGUGAGAAGCAGAGAAAAGAGGCGUCUCGUCUCCAAACCGUCAAUCGAAAGCUAACUGCUAUGAACAAGCUCCUGAUGGAGGAGAAUGACCGCUUGCAAAAGCAGGUGUCACACUUAGUUUAUGAGAAUGGAUACAUGCGUCAACAGCUUCAUAUUGCAUCUGCGGCAACUACAGACAAUAGCUGCGAAUCUGUAGUGACUAGUGGUCAACACCAACAGCAGCACAAUGCCAAAUUGCAGCACUUCCAAAGGGAUGCUAACAACCCAGCAGGUCUACUCGCCAUAGCUGAGGAGACCCUGUCAGAGUUCCUCUCAAAGGCCACUGGAACUUCUGUUGAAUGGGUUCAGCUUGUUGGAAUGAAGCCUGGUCCGGAUUCCAUUGGAAUCGUUGCUGUUUCGCACAAUUGCAGUGGUGUGGCAGCACGAGCUUGCGGUCUUGUGAGCUUAGAGCCCACAAAGGUUGCAGAGAUUCUCAAAGCUCGUCAAUCUUGGUAUCGCGAUUGCCGGUGCCUAAAUAUUGCAACUGUAAUCCCUGCCGGAAAUGGAGGGAAUAUUGAGCUUAUAUAUAUGCAGACCUAUGCACCUACAACCCUAGCAGCAGCUCGGGACUUUUGGAACCUUAGAUACACCACAGGGCUUGAAGAUGGGAGUCUUGUGAUCUGUGAGAGGUCAUUGACCUCUUCAACUGGUGGCCCUCUCGGGCCACCUGCUCCGAACUUUGUUAGGGCUGAAAUGCUUCCGAGUGGGUAUCUUAUUAGACCAUGCGAUGGCGGGGGCUCAAUGAUUCAUAUUGUUGAUCAUGUUGAUUUGGAUGCGAGGAGUGUGCCUGAGGUUCUAAGGCCAUUGUAUGAAUCGCCAAAGAUUGUGGCAUAUAAGAUGACCAUUGCUGCAUUGCGUCAUUUGAGGCAGAUCGCGCAUGAGAUGAGUGGGGAAGUUGUUUAUAGCGGCGGUCGUCAACCUGCUGUCUUACGGACUUUUAGUCAGAGGUUGAGCAGAGGCUUUAAUGAUGCUAUUAAUGGAUUCAUGGAUGAUGGCUGGUCCUUGAUGAGUAGUGAUGGCGGGGAUGAUGUGACCAUUACUAUCAAUUCUUCCCCAAGUAAACUUUUGGGUUCUGUUAAUUCAUCCCCAUCUUUUGCCUUUGGUGGUGGUAUUCUAUGUGCAAAGGCUUCCAUGUUGCUCCAGAAUGUUCCACCCGCCUUACUGGUUCGUUUUCUGAGGGAACACCGCUCUGAGUGGGCAGACUUUGGAGCCGAUGCAUAUUCUACCGCAACACUGAGAGCCAGCUCCUAUCCCAUCCUAGGUGUGAGAGCUGGUGGAAGCUUUCAUGGCGGUCAGGUUAUUCUGCCUCUUGCACAAACUGUGGAAAAUGAAGAGUUCUUGGAGGUUAUAAGACUGGAAGGCCAUGGUUUUAGCCAGGAUGAUGUAGCUAGGGACAUGUAUCUAUUGCAGCUAUGCAGUGGAGUUGAUGAGAAUGCUGUUGGAGCAUGUUCUCAGCUUGUGUUUGCACCAAUUGAUGAAUCUUUUGCCGAUGACGCCCCUUUACUUCCCUCGGGGUUUCGCGUGACCCUGCUCGAAUCUAAAACAGAGGCGAAUGUGGCUGCUCGAACACUCGACCUUGCAUCUGCACUAGAAGUUGGUUCAGGCGGCGCAACACGUCCAUCUCUUGAGGCUGCCUCAAACAUGUCUAACCUGAGAUCAGUCUUGACAAUAGCGUUUCAGUUCACAUAUGAGAAUCAUUUCCGUGAAAAUAUGGCAGCAAUGGCUCGACAAUAUGUGCGCAGCAUUGUGACUUCAGUGCAGAGGGUUGCCAUGGCCAUCUCUCCUUCUCGUGCUGGUUCUCUCGGGGCAAAACAUUUGACUGGAUCCCCCGAGGGCCUCACUUUGGCACGUUGGAUUUCUCGCAGCUACAAGUAAGGAUUUUUAUUUUAUUUUAUUUUAUUUUAUUUUUUGCAUGAUGAAGCAUGA